GCUGAAGCCAUUCAACAGACUGCAAGUAAUAUUACAACAUUUGAAAAUGUCUAAGCAAACAGAUGCAACAGCUGAAGUGUUGUUGGAAAAGAGAGGAGGUGCAGGAAUAAUAACUUUGAAUAGACCCAAGGCUCUCAAUGCACUGAAUCUUUCUAUGAUCCAACAGAUUUAUCCACAAAUAAAGGCUUGGGAGCAAGAUCCUGAAACUUUUCUAAUAAUUAUAAAGGGAACUGGAGGAAAAGCUUUUUGUGCUGGGGGUGACAUCAGAGCCAUCACAGAAGCAGGAAAAGUUGGAGAUAAAAUGUCACAAGACUUCUUCAUAGGAGAAUACAGGCUGAACAAUGCCAUUGGCACUUGCAAGAAGCCAUAUGUAGCACUUAUCGAUGGCAUUACAAUGGGAGGGGGAGUUGGCCUCUCAGUUCAUGGACAUUUUCGAGUUGCUACAGAAAAGACACUUUUUGCCAUGCCUGAAACAGCAAUAGGCCUUUUCCCUGAUGUAGGUGGAGGGUAUUUUUUGCCAAGACUCCCAGGAAAGAUUGGCUGUUACCUUGCACUGACAGGAUGUAGGCUGAAAGGAAGAGAUGUACUAAGAGUUGGCAUCGCCACACAUUUUGUAGAAUCUGAAAAGCUACCUGCCUUAGAGAAAGACCUAAUAGCACUGAAAUCUCCUUCAAAAGAAAAUAUUGAAGACUUACUGAACUCUUACCACAAGAAGAGCACAGCUGAUCAAGAUAAGGAGUUUGCACUUGGAGAACAUAUGGAGAAGAUUAACAGUAUUUUUUCAGCAAAUAGUAUGGAAGAAAUUGUUGCAAAAUUAAAGCAAGAUGGUUCUCCUUUUGCCACUAAGCAGCUAGAGACUAUUAAUAAGAUGUCACCUACAUCCUUAAAGUUGACUCUCAGACAGAUCAGAGAAGGAGCUUCCAUGAGCUUACAGGACGUACUCAGGAUGGAAUACAGGCUGAGCCAAGCAUGCAUGAAAGGCCAUGACUUCUAUGAAGGGGUUCGAGCAGUGCUGAUUGACAAAGACCAGGCCCCCAGAUGGAAGCCAGCUGCUCUAGAAGAAGUCAGUGAUGAGUUUGUGGACAACUGUUUUAAGCCACUGGGAAACGAUGAGCUCAAGUUGUAAAGAUCAAACCUAUUGACAUCUUAUGUAUCUGUUUAAUUUAUGAUAUAAAAGUGAAUAGUAGUAUGAUAAUGUUUGACAAGACUCUUUUAGGUAGCCUGAAAUUCACAAGGCUAUUUU